AUGGUGGAAUCGACAUUGACAACGUAUUCAUAUGUUGGCAUUGUUAUAUUUUUACUAGUUGUCAUUCUGGUGAUAAGGCCUGUAACAAUUCGAAUAAAGCACAUCAAAAUCUACUUGAAUAUUUCUACUGUUCCCCCACUAGGUGUACUUAUCUUGCUGAUUUGUAGGGCCAUUGAUUUUCAGGUGGUCUCCAAAGGUUUUUUGGGUUCAUUCGGUGUGCAACCAUGGGCCAUUUUAAUCCUGUUUUAUUCGCUGGCCUACAUAUGCAUUUCGUUGGAUAUGACGGGUGUUUUUCAAUUCUGUGCUUUCUGGGUCUCCCGAAAAGCUGGUAAUCGAGGCAUGCUGGCUUUCACCUUGUUCUUCAUAUUAACAAGUGUGAUGAGUGGCCUCACAAGUAAUGAUGUUGUUAUCCUGACAGGCACAGUUUUUCUUUCUUAUUUCACAAAGGUGUCGGAUAUUCGUCCUACCGCUUUUCUCAUGAGUGAAUUUACCACCGCCAAUAUUGCUUCCAUGGCCUUGUAUAUCGGCAACCCUACAAACGUGGUUGUUUCUGAGGCCUAUAAAAUUAGUUUCAUCACUUAUUCUGCUUGGAUGUUACUUCCAACUGUCGUCUGUAUAUUGAUCUCGUAUGUCGUAUUACGUAUCUUGUUUCGUGGGGAUUAUUACUUACCACGUCAUAUUCAACCUCCUGAUGCUGAUCCCAAGAGUGUUCUGGUAGACCCUCAUGGUGCCAUCUUUGGUGUGAUUUUGCUGGCUUGCUGCUUAGUGACUUUGGUAGGCACAUCAUUUGCAAGCGUGCCUGUAUGGAUGAUCACUUUACCGUUUGCCUGUGUCAUGUUAGUGAGAGACAUUCAGUACGAUCUAGGCUUUCACAUUACUCGCCUCUUCAAGAAGACACGGCCUAACCAAGAUAUCCCAUUGGAACCUUCCGAAUCUCAGCAUGCCUCUGUGAUGCGUAGUACUUCUUAUGCAACCUCGGUCAUCACAAAAAAAGAGCCUCAAAGCAAAUGGUUGAAACCUAUUUACAAAGCGUAUAAAUGGUUUGGGGUGCGUUUCCCUACCUUGAAGGCUGUCUUUGUGCGCAUGCCUUGGUCUAUUUUACCGUUUAGUUUGGGUAUGUUUAUGUUGAUCGAGGCUUUGGCUGAAUUAGGCUGGGUAGGCAUAUUUGCUACUGCCAUGGCUGUAUUUGCAAAGAAUUAUGUGACAGCGGUGUUUGGUAUGGUCUUUGUUUCUAUCUUGGCCUGUCAACUAUUAAAUAAUCUUCCAAUGACGAUCCUGUUUACGCAAAUUAUUCAACACCCUAAUUUUACGCAACAUGUGCAUUCGGAUGCUACUAUGCAAGGAUUCUUAUUGGGUCUCAUUGUGGGUAGUAAUUUAGGCGCGUGUUUGACGCUGGUAGGAAGUCUUGCUGGUAUUAUGUUCGAUCAUAUUCUCAAGGUCAAGGGCAUUUAUACACUAGGUUACUUUCAGUUCUUGAAAUGGAACUUGAUCAUAUUACCGACUAUUGCUGUUGGUGCGUGUGCUGUAUUGAUUGGCGAGAUAUGGUUCAUGUACGAGCGAUGA